CCCGGUCUCCAAUGGCAGCCAGCAAGUCGCAUAUAAAUGCUGGAAGGUAGUCCGGUCCCGGAAAUGACUUGUCAUAGCCAUUCCUCAUUUGCUUCUUCACUGCUCUCCAUUACUCUCUGCCCAGAGUACACAUUAACCCCACGUAAUUACAUCAACCAUGAAGACCUUCGCUGCCGUCGCUACCCUUGUCGCUGUUGCCCUCGCUGGUGAGGGAGCUUAUGAGGCCAAGCCCGCUUACGUGGCCGCCCCCAAGCCCGAGUACCAUGCUCCUGCCCCUGAGUACCACGCUCCUGCUCCCAAGCCCGAGUACCACGCUCCUGUCCCUGAGUACCAUGCUCCUGCCCCCGAGUACCAUGCCCCUGCCCCCGAGUACCACGCCCCGGCUCCCCCCGUGUACCACGCGCCUGUCCCUGAGUACCACGCGCCUGCCCCGGUUUAUGUUGCCCCGGUCUACCACGCCCCUGUCCCCGAGUACCACGCCCCGGCUCCGGUCUACCACGCUCCUGUCCCCGAGUACCACGCUCC